AUGGAUGUUCAAAAAGAUAAUGUUAACAAUAGUAGAUGUUCUUUUGAAUUUUUUACACAUCUAAAAGAUAUAAAUCAUAAUUCUUAUAUUGCUCCUUCUAUAUUCAAAUUUAUUGAUAUAAAACAAUUUUUUACAAGUUUAAAAAGUUUUAUAUCAUUUUUACAUAUUUCAAUAAAUACAAAAUUUACAAAUGGAAAAAAACGUUUCCAGUCAAUUGUUUAUCCAAAUGGAGAAAAAACUCCAAAUUCAAAAUUUAUACAAGGUAGAUCUAUGAUUAAAGGUUAUAAAUCAGUUGUCUUUACUGUAAAUAAAAUUCAAACUAUAAAAAUGGUAUUUCAAGAUAAAAAAUACAAAUCAAAAAAAACUUUUAUGGAGGAAAAUGAGUUAUAUAAUUUUGUACAUUCAUUAAUUGCAAAGGAUAAAGUAACAAAAAAUUUUACUACUUUAAAAAAACAAGCUUCAAAAUAUAGUAAAGAUAUUAAAAAUAGUUUUGUUAUUUCUAGAAGAUUUAAUAUUUGGGUGUCAUUCAUUAAUUAUAUUAGAUCAAAAAAUGAAGCACUUACAAAACUUUCAUUGUCACCAUUUUAUUGA